AUGGCGUUUAAAUUACCCGCUCUUCCAUAUGGAAUGAGGGACCUAAUCCCUCACAUCAGCGAAGAAACACUUAGCUUUCACUAUGGCAAACACCACGCUGGAUAUGUUAACAAACUCAACAGCCUUGUCAAGGGUACUUCCUUGGAGUCACUCACCAUCGAAGAUCUGAUACUCGGACAGUCUGGUGCUAUUUUUAACAAUGCCGCUCAAAUAUGGAACCAUACUUUCUACUGGAACUCCAUGGGACCGAACUGCGGAGGAGAACCCACUGGCCUGAUCCGCAAGAAAAUUGAAGAAAAAUUCGGAUCGUUCUCAACAUUCAAAAAUGACUUCUCCAAUAUGCUUGCUGGACACUUCGGAUCAGGUUGGGGAUGGCUCGUCUUGAAGGAUGACGGCACAGCCGACAUCGUCCAGACCCACGAUGCCGGAUCUCCACUCAAGGAGAAACUCGGCAGACCUUUGCUAUGUUGUGAUGUAUGGGAACACGCAUACUACAUCGACUACAAGAACGACCGUUUGACCUACAUCAACAACUGGUGGAAUCUUGUCAACUGGGAGUUUGCCAACAAGAACCUGGAGGCUCCAUUUAAGUGGUCUUGA